GCACAGACUUACCUCCCCGCAAGAGAGCGCCUGAAGCGGCUGCUCGAGACGUUCAACAUGCAGCGUCUCGCAAGACUGAAGCGAGAAGUAGAAAUGCUCAGAGACUCGCCACCCCAUGGGAUUACAUGUUAUCCUGUCGAAGAAAAUAUCACUAAGUUUGAAGCUAAAAUUUUGGGAGGAGAUGGAACUCCUUAUAAUGGAGGAGUAUUUACCCUAACUAUUGAGCUUCCAGAAAGGUAUCCCUUUGAGCCACCAAAGGUUCUCUUCAUCACUCCCAUUUAUCAUCCCAAUAUUGAUAAUGCAGGCAGAAUCUGUUUGGACACUCUGCGUAUGCCUCCAAAGGGAGCAUGGAAACCUUGCCACAAUCUUGUAACAGUUCUGACAUCUGUACAACUUCUUAUGGCAGAGCCCAAUCCUGAUGAUGCACUUAUGGCAGAUAUUGCUACCGAGUUCAAGCAUAACAGAGCACUGUUCAUCCAAAAAGCAGCAGAGCACACAACCAGACAUGCUGUACAGCCAACCAUUCAGAAAAAAUACCAAGCAAAUGGUAUAGAGAAUGAACCACAAGAGGUAUCCCAUGCUGUGAAGACAUUUAACAGGGGAGCUGAUAAACGUCCUUUGGAGUCCCAUCAGCCCUUAAGUGACUUCUCAGCUAAGAAACUGAAAUCAUAGAACCUGUGUAUAACAUGUCAAGUCCCAGAGCAUGUGGUUUAGGGUUUAUUGUGGGAUUAUAUAUAUAUUAGUGAAGUUCUGAAAUGUAUUCUGCAUGUCAAGAAAGUUAUGCUCUUUUCUCCAAAAUUUUUGAUUUUUUCAACUAAGUUUACUGAUGUUCCUGUACACACUGAGUUCUGUUAUGUUAUACUAAUGUGCUACUUAUUAUUAUUAUAUAGUUAAACAUUUGUCACAUGUAUUUAAGUGCUUCAGACUGUAAAUAAAAAGAAAACGCUCUCAAGAGUAAAAUUAUCGUGAUGAUAACUAAAGUAUGCCAUACCAUGAUGUUAAACAUUUAAAAAGUUCUUUUUACUGAAGUAAAGUGGCCUAAAUUUGU